AUGUUUGUCACCACCCGGACGGACGCGCUGAAGAUUGUUGAGAGCGCUCGCGAGCUCUUGGUUGAAGAACCCUGCCAAAUGUCCAAGGCCGCAUCUGGGCCGGGUGACGAGUAUGAGCGCUUAAGAACAGUGCAUCUGCGCGCCGAAGAAGCAGGCCGCAAGGUGGCCAGCGAGACGACCAGAUACGUCCUCAAGUUGGACCAGAAGGACCUCCACCAAUUGCAGGAAGCCAGCGGGCCGCGAUUUGCCGACAACUUGGAGUCCGCAAACCAUCCAGCUGGCCUGCGAGUGCCUUCGCCCGAUACACCCAGCUGGGUACGCUUUUCACCGGAAGCUGAAGGCAGCCUGCCGAGGCCGGAAAAGGCCGCGCUGAGUGCCGAAGUGGAAGGCGCAGCUAUAGAAGACCCGGAUCUGGCAGAUGGAGCUUGUGCACCAGUUGGCCCCGAACACACAUCGGUUUGGACAAGCAAAGCGGAUGAGGUGUGGAAGAAAGCAGCCAAAUCGGCGAACCGGCUGCUGUGGAAAAAAAUUAUUGAUCUUGACGAUGAACAAGACUGCGCUGCACUUGGCGACCUUGUGGAAAAUGCCCGCAUGGCACAUGCGUCGGCGUUGAAGCCAUAUCUAGGGGAAUCGUGGCAUCAGCCUUCUGCCGCAGCUGCAGCCUGCAUGCAGCGCACUGUUCAGCUGGAUGUUUCCGACUUGGUCAGGAUUGCCGACCGGGUUCUCGACAGUGGCCGGCCGGCCAUGCUAGCACUACUCAAUGCAAUGACCAGCAGUGUCCGGCGAUUGAACUCCCUCACAGCCUGCUGUCGGAACCACACGCUUAAGAAUCUUAUCGUUACCAUACAGUUAGCCCUAGUGAAUAGGUUGGAUGAGCUCAAACGCUCACCGACGAUCGGAGCCGAAGACGAUAUGCACUCGCGGGAGGUAUAA